AUGAGGCUGAUGCACAUCACAAGCUACUCCAAGGAGUUGGACAGUUUUGACUUCCCAACAGCAGCAGCUCACUUUAAGCAGCCCAAGGUCCACCGCAAACUCAAGUAAAUUAGAGGCAAAUUAUUGUGUUCGACAGGCCUGGUCCAAGCAAUUCUGCUGGCACCCUAGGCAAGAUCAACAUAUACCACCCCUGUGUCAUGUAUAGUAUAAAGACUUGGAAUGGAUUGAUAGAGUAGAGUAAUUAUGUGUAUCAUGCACAAUUGGUGCAUUUCAGUUGAGUUUAUUCAGUAGCACAUGGAAAAUUAUUUUUUUUUUUGCCAACUAUUCACAUCGGAGAGUUACAAUUGUGCAAUCACUAGGCAGCCAACUGCCUAUUGUAGGAAGCAGAGUUAUCAAUGAGCCACGUAUAUCACACAUGACACCAUAAUAGUUGAAAUUACAAUAAACAUAAUGUAUUAACUUCAUCCAGUAGAACUGUAAAAAGAGUGAGAUAUAAUGUGAGCUUUCCAAACAAGCGCUUUCAUAAAUGCAUGGCGCGGGCCUCAUUUCACAGGAGCAGUGUAAAAUAAGCUUUCUCUUGAACCAGCCUUAACGAAAUGUGUUUAUUUACAGUGUCUUCGGAAAGUAUUCAGACCCCUUGACUUUUUCCACACUUUGUUACGUUAGUCUCUGGAGAGACCUGAAAAUAGCUGUGCAGCAACUCUCCAUCCAACCUGAAAAGUGCUUGAGAGGAUCUGCAGAGAAGAAAGGGAGAAACUCCCCAAAUACAGGUGUGCCAAGCUUGUAGCGUCAUACCAAAGAAGACUUGAGGCUGUAAUCGCUGCCAAAGGUGCUUCAACAAAGUACUGAGUAAAGGGUCUGAAUACUUAUGUUAAUGUGAUAUUUCAAUUUAUUUAUUUUUAAUACAUUUGCAAAAAUGUAUAAAAAACAGUUUUUGUUUUGUAAUUAUGGGGUAUUGUGCGUAGAUUGAUGAGGGCAGAAAACGAUUUAAUCAGUUUUAGAGUAAGGUUGUAAUGUAACAUAAUGUGGAAAAAGUCACGGUGUCUGAAUACUUUCCCAAGGCACUGUAUAUAUCGAAUUUGACAGUCCAACGUCAGUUUGACAAUUUCUUCAUUUUGUGGCUGCCUAGAGCAAUGUUUUACUUUUCAAUAAAGCCUUUAAUGUUGGUAUAAGAGCAUCGUUCUACUUUAUUUUAAUACAGCUUUACAGGCUAUUUUCUAUUCUGUUCAAAUGAAUUACAAUAAUCUAGAUGGGAUUUUGAGCACCGUGGGUCGACACCCUAAUGCGUUACGCACCCAAUGCAUAUGGAUGUCUGGUAAAUUUCUCAAAUGUCCAGGAAAUUCAUACCUUGCCGGUUACGUUGUCUGGCGCAAAAUUUUCCUAACAGAAACCCUGAUCUGCGUGUUUGAGCCCGCACUUGUCAUCAAUGUAGCCUUAGCGGAAGCCGCCCUGUAGAGGCAAUCAGGAUCCGUGUUAACUGCAGGAGACAAAGACCAAUUAGCCUGGUCAACACAAUGACUGUAUAAGAAUUAGGGCCAGGACGAUACCCAGUAUCGCAACAUGUUUCCCAUGCCAACAAUGAAAACACGAAGCAGACCAUAUGCUUUGGUCCUUUAAAAAACAUCUUUCUUUGGUCCUUUUAACCUUCUCUAUUUUAAAUAUUGUGUGUGUGUGUUAUAGCUUAGAAAAUACAUCUGUGACAACAUCAUGAUGUUUGUUUCCAACAUGAAUAAGAAUAGGACAUCAUUAGAGGACAUACACAUCACAUAGUAUAGAAGAACAGCACUACACAGGUAGUCUCAUUACCAGCCCUGUGGCGGCUUCCCAAAUGGCACCCUAUUCCCUGUGUGAUAACAUCUAUCAUGUGAACAACAAUGUGCAGUGUAGGCCUUUGUUUGUGUAUGUGCCCGUGAGUGUGUUUGAAUACACAUCUGUUUAGCGGUUGAGCCCACAUGUGAGUUCAUUUGUGAUGUUAACCUAUAGAGAUUGGAUAACUGGGGUGCCGCCUAUUAAAACUUGACAAAGUGUGUGUUGGUUUUGAGGGAGGUAGGGUGACUCCCACUCAUAAUACCAUGUCUGGUAUUUCUUAAGAAAGGGCACCAGCUAAUGUCAGCCCAAUACCAUAGAAAUAGAACAGAGCAGAUGGCCAACACAACACAAGGUGAUUCCUAUUCAGUCUAGCUGCAGACCUAAUAGUUCUAUGAUGAGGGUCGAAAGCUCAGGCUGGCAUGGCAGACACCAAUCUGGAUGUGUUCCCAAUGUACUUGAGUGAAAGUUGUCAGAAGGUAAUAGGCUUGGCCGGUGUACCGUAUGUACCGUAUACCAGGGUAUUUGGAAAAAGCCUACGGGAUGGUUUUUCAAUACCGUUGAAACUAUUUCUUUGAAGGUUUUUUAAUAAAUGUGAAUAUUUGUAGCUACUUUUGAAGUAAAUACCUGCAGUCAACUUGUGCAAUACGUUAGGAGAUAAAGAAGAUUGCGUGCUUUAUUUCACCUGUCACAUAAUUUUCCAUUAUGACGCUUACUGGUAGUCCCCAGUCACGUGGUGUUUGUUUACAAGCACACAAUGACCAACAGACCGGAGCCUUGUGAGUCACUCACUGUUGUGCAGCAUGUGCCAGGUGAUCUAGUUACAGUAUGGAAUUCACAACUAAAUGUUUGCCAGCUAGAUAUCUUAUAACUAUUAAGUUAACUGUCUAAAAUGUGCUAAAUGCUCUGCAGUUGUGCAUUUGAUUUGCUAAUUUAAUAGCUAGUUAGCUAUCUAUCUAAGUGGUUAGAUUCUUUCUAAAUCAAGCAUUCACUUGGUAACAGCAGAGAAUCCCCUCCUGGAUCAAGAGCCUUGCUGGCUAAUACUUGUUUUCUGCGUGCAGCAAACAAACUGCAAAGUAGCAUUUUUGAGGUACUUGUAUAGUUUAGGCCAGACUGUAUAAAAUCUUCACAAUGCAUUUAGUUAGCGUUCUCUAUUGGAUUAUACAUGUGCUUGUUAGCAUUGCUAACCUUCGGAUUACAGAGUAUCAGUGGAGUUUGAAAACAUACAUAAUAUCCCGUUAUGGCACAAGGUCGGUAUGACAUUCUGGAUACUGCCCAAGUCUAGAACGUAACGAGGGAUGAAAAAUUGAGAGAAAGUAAUCAAAAAGAAGAAAAUGCAGCCAGGGACCUCAGACCCUCUGCCACUCUCUCAGGCCCAGAUCCAAUCAGCUGGCUGCCUCAGGAUGGAUGGAGAGACUGAGAGGAGAGAGUGAAGAAGGGAUGGAGAGGAGGAGGAUUGGAAAGAGAACAAGAGACUGGAAGGGAAAGAUGAAGGGAGAGAUGGAGAGAGAAAAGUGUGGAGAUGGUGUGCAGUAAUGACACUCCAUACUGUGACUUAGAUAAUUGUGUUGAAUUUUUGUGGAAUCCAUAUUAUAGUCCAACAGCAGCUUACACCAGUCCCUGUUUGCACUGUUUUCCAUGUAGCUGUGUGUGUAUGUGUGUCCGCCUUUGUGAGUGAGUGAGUGAGUGAGUGAGUGAGAGAGAGAGAGAGUCUGUCUUUCGCUAAUUGAACCUUUCUCUGUUGAAGAGAAAGCUGAUCACUGAAGUAGAGUCCUGCAUUGGUCCGUUUUUUUGGAGCCGAACCUGCCCCGCGCCGGCCACAUACAUUCCGAGUCACACCCGAUAUCAGGACAUAUUUUUCUCACCAACCCACCUGCAUAGAAUUAAUUGUUCCCGAGAGCCGAUCCGUGACCCGCCAAAUAACAUAAUUAAUUUAAUUGUUUUUAUGACUCCAGAAUAGUAGGCUAUUAUUCCCCGCCCUGCAUAAAUGAGUCUGCCUGUCUAUUCAACAUUUGGAUAAAAGGAAACAAUUUCAUGAAAUUAAGAACAAUAUAUUUUUUUUUUUACAAUGAGAAGCAGCACAUUGACAACUCAAAUCGCUUUGAAAAAGAGCCUUGUAAUUAGACUUCUUACCUAAUGAAAGCCUAUACCAGACAUAACAAAACAAUACCUUUACAUUCAAUAUUGUUUAGAUAAUCAAAUACUCUAUCUUUGUGAUUCUUGCGGUCAAUUUGCAGUGUACAAAAAUCUAGGAGUGCUGGCUCAGAGAGAUGAGGCGUGUGUGUGCUCCUCUGUUUGUGUCUUCUCCUGAAGGAUGACUUUAUAAAGCCGUUGAACAUGUCGAGCCUUGGUUGUGUUGUUCAGUGGCCUUUGACCUGUGACCCUCAGGCUCUAGGUGGCUGCUGAUUGGCUUCAGAUGCUGGUGUGUGGGACAGUCAUUAUGGGUCAUGUCUGCUAGUUUGGAAGCACAGUUACAGAGAUCAUGCAUCUUAUUUCUGGCUUAUCUUUGCGGUUGUGUAGCCUAAUUAGAGUAGAAUGCAAAAAUAGGAAGUGAGGAACUUACCCAAAAGCUUUCCGUAGUUGUGUGCAAGUCUGUGUGAUCUUCAGCACCACCUGGCGGUUGAGAUGCUGCCAUCACCAGGACAUUCAUUGGUGUAGCCUGACACCUUGUGGCAAAGAUGUGCAUGUGCAAUUGUAGUGUGAUUCUGCCAUAAACCUGUCAAAAAUCUGAAAUCCCCUAAUCUCUAAAUAAAAAAUAUAAAUCCUUGCUUGUAGAAUUUUUCAGAUCCAUAACUUCAUACCAGAGGAAUUAGUGAGCUAAUCUAGGUGUGUAUGUUCUUGAUUGAUCAAGUGUGUAAUGUGUAACUGUGUUUAAUGAAGUGAUCUAUUAUUGUGAUAUUGAUCUACCUGUAGCCUAUUCCCCUCUGUCCUCUUGUGAUCAAUGAUUAAUAAUGACCUUUGUAGAGACGAUCCCUGUCUGAUCCUAAUUGAUCCUUUCCUCUCUCCCCCACUCCCUCUCUCUUUCUCUCCUUCCGUCUGUCUCUUAAUCCCUCCCUCGAUCUCCCCGUCUCCCUCAUUGUCUCUCUCUUCCCCGUUCAAUCUCCCCAUUUCUUUCUUUCACUCGUUCUCUCAACCCCCCCCGUACAGAAACUCAAACGGCUGAUUCCUGAUGAGGUAGGUUGUGUGUGUACCCACAUCCCAGUCAUAAUCAUCUGACUGUCUUUGUCGCAUCUCAUCUCACCCUGUAGUCCACUACUAACCCAUGCCCAUCCAUCCAUACCACACUACAACCCCCAUGAGCCUGGUUGCAGUAACACCCCAUAAUAACUCAACCAUGUUGUCUUUACUACUCACCCUGGUUGUAUGGACAGAUACUGUUGGACGGUGCCUGCCUGUCCGUCUGUGCCGCCCUGGCUCCCCCUCAGUGAUCGGUCUGAGGGGUAGGCCUAGGCUACAGGUUCGGUCUGGGGUGGAGGUUGGUUCCAUCCAUGCUUCCCAGAGCUGCUGUCUUAUUGUGCUGCAGCUUGCCAGUGCUCUCUGGUGUCUCUGCGCUGAGAGCAGCUAAGCAGCUACACAGGCAAUAAUCAAUGCUAUACACUAUAAUGAGAAAGGUUAAGACUCCACAGUAGGGUUGGGCGGUAUCCAGAUUUUCAAAUCGUCAUACUGUCCUCUCGUCGCGGGAUUUACGGUAUUACCGGCUUAGCACACAGGGGGGCGCCAAAUAAGGCAAAAAAGCCCCAUUGGGCGUCUAUUACCAGAAUGCUAACGAAAUUAGCCCAAGUAAUAGCGAAUUUCUAUGGUGGCUGCUAGGUAAAUAUGCUAUAGAGCGCAAAUUAAAAUUAACUAAUUGCAAAGACAGGCAAUCCAGCUCAUGAAGUUACACGCAUGGCCAAAAGUAUGUGGACACGCCUUCUAUUUCAGCCACACCUGUUGCUGAUAGGUGUAUAAAAUUGAGCACACAGCCAUGCAAUCUCCAUAGACAAACAUUGACAGUAGAAUGGCCCAUACUGAAGAGCUCAGUGACUUUCAAUGUGGCAUCGUCAUAGGAUGCCACCUUUCCAUCAAGUCAGUUCAUCAAAUGUCAACUGUAUGUGCUGUUAUUGUGAAGUGGAAACGUCUAGGAGCAACAACGGCUCAGCAGCGAAAUGGUAGGCCACACAAGCUCACAGAACAGGACUGCUGAAGCGCGUUAAAAUCGUAUGUACUCGGUUGCAACACUCACUACCAAGUUCCAAACUGACUCUGGAAGCAACGUCGGCACAAGAAGUGUUCAUCGGGAGCUUCAUGAAAUGGGUUUCCAGGGCCGAGCAGCCGCACACAAGCCUAAGAUCACCAUGCACACUGCCAAGCGCCGGCUGGAGUGGUGUAAAGCUUGCUGCCAUUGGACUCUGGAGCAGUGGAAACGUGUUCUCUGGAGUGAUAAAUCACACUUCACCAUCUGGCAGUCUGAUGGACGAAUUUGGGUUUGGCGGAUGCCAGGAGAAAGCUACCUGCCCCAAUGCAUAGUGCCAACUGUAAAGUUUGGUGGAGGAGGAAUAAUGGUCUGGGGCUGUUUUUCAUGGUUCGGACUAGGCCCCUUAGUUCCAGUGAAGGGAAAUCUUAACGCUACAGCAUACAAUGACAUUCUAGAUGGUUCUGUGCUUCCAACUUUGUGGCAACAGUUUGGGGAAGGCCCUUUUCUUUUCAUCCUUUGGGAUGAAUAGGAACGCCAACUGCUAGCCAGGCCUAAUCGCCCAACAUCACUUGUGGCUGAAUGGAAGCAAGUCCCCGCAGCAAUGUUCCAACAUCUAGAUUUUACAUUUUAGUCACUCUUAUCCAGAGCAACUUACAGUUAGUGAGUGCAUACAUUUUCAUCUAGUGGAAAGAGUGGAGGCUGUUAUAGCAGCAAAGGGGGGACCAACUCCAUAUUAACGCCCAUGAUUUUGGAAUGAGUUGUUCAACGAGCAGGUGUCCAGAUACUUUUGGUGUGUAUACUGUAUAUCAAUCAAUCAAUCAAUUUUAUUUUAUAUAGCCCUUCUUACAUCAGCUAAUAUCUCGAAGUGCUGUACAGAAACCCAGCCUAAAACCCCAAACAGCUAGUAAUGCAGGUGUAGAAGCACGGUGGCUAGGAAAAACUCCCUAGAAAGGCGAAAACCUAGGAAGAAACCUAGAGAGGAACCAGGCUAUGAGGGGUGGCCAGUCCUCUUCUGGCUGUGCCGGGUGGAGAUUAUAACAGAACCAUGCCAAGAUGUUCAAAAAUGUUCAUAAGUGACAAGCAUGGUCAAAUAAUAAUCAGGAAUAAAUCUCAGUUGGCUUUUCAUAGCCGAUCAUUAAGAGUUUGAAAACAGCAGGUCUGGGACAGGUAGGGGUUCCAUAACCGCAGGCAGAACAGUUUUAAACUGGAAUAGCAGCAAGGCCAGGCGGACUGGGGACAGCAAGGAGUCACCACGGCCGGUAGUCCCAACGUAUGGUCCUAGGGCUCAGGUCUCUCAGUUGGCUUUUCAUAGCCGAUCAUUAAGAGUUGAAAACAGCAGGUCUGGGACAGGUAGGGGUUUCGUAGCCGCAGGCAGAACAGUUGAAACUGGAAUAGCAGCAAGGCCAGGCGGACUGGGGACAGCAAGGUGUCAUCAUGCCCGGUAGUCCUGACGUAUGGUCCUAGGGCUCAGGUUCUCAGAGAGAAAGAGAGAACGAGAGAAUUAGAGAGAGCAUACUUAAAUUCACACAGGACACUGGAUAAGACAGGAGAAGUACUCCAGGUAUAACCAACUAACCCCAGCCCCCCGACACAUAAACUACUGCAGCAUAAAUACUGGAGGCUGAGACAGGAGCGGUCCGGAGACACUGUGGCCCCAUCCGAAGAAACCCCCGGACAGGGCCAAACAGGAAGGAUAUAACCCCACCCACUCCGCCAAAGCACAGCCCCCGCACCACUAGAGGGAUAUCCCCAACCACCAACUUACAAUCCUGAGACAAGGCCGAGUAUAGCCCACAGAGGUCUCCACCACAGCACAAACCAAGGGGGGGGCGCCAACCCAGACAGGAAGAUCACGUCAGUAACUCAACCCACUCAAGUGACGCACCCCUCCCAGGGACGGCAUGAAAGAGCACCAGCAAGCCAGUGACUCAGCCCCUGCAACAGGGUUAGAGGCAGAGAACCCCAGUGGAGAGGGGAACCGGAGUGCAUUUGGAAAGUAUUCAGACCUCAGAAAUAAAUAACAUAUUAUACAGUAUUAUUUUGUAUAUCUAUCAAUACACACAAACACACACACACACACUCACAUACACACUGCAUUCGGAAAGUAUUCAGACACCUUCACCUUUUCCACAUUUUGUUAGCUUACAGCCUUAUUCUAAAAUGUAUUAAAUUGUUUUUUUCCCCUUAAUUUACGCACAAUACACCAUAAUGACAAAGCAAAAACAGGUUUUUAGAAAUGUUUGCUAAUUUAUUAAAUACAUAAACUGAAAUAUAACAUUUACAUAAGUAUUCAGACCCUUUACUCAGUACUUUGUUGAAGCACCCUUGGCAGCGAUUACAGCCUCGAGUCUUCUUGGGUAUGACGCUACAAGCUUGGCACACCUGUAUUUGGGGAGUUUCUCCCAUUCUUCUCUGCAGAUCCUCUCAAGCUCUGUCAGGUUGGAUGGGGAGCGUCGCUGCACAGCUAUUUUCAGGGCUCUCCAGAGAUGUUCAAUCGGGUUCAAGGCCUGGCUCUGGCUGGGCCUCUCAAGGACAUUCAGAGACUUGUCCCAAAGCCACUCCUGCAUUGUCUUGGCUGUGUGCUUAGGGUCGUGGUAUGUUGGAAGGUGAACAUUGCCCCAGUCUGAGGUCCUGAGCGCUCUGGGGUAGGUUUUCAUCAAGGAUCUCUCUGUACGUUGCUCUGUUAAUCUUUGCCUCGAUCCUGACUAGUCUCCCAGUCCCUGCCGCUGAAAACAUCCCCACAACAUGAUGCUGCCACCACCAUGCUUCACCGUAGGGAUGGUGGCAGGUUUCCUCCAGACUUGACGCUUGGCAUUCAGGCCAAAGAGUUCAAUCUUGUUUUCAUAAAACCAGAUAAUCUUGUUCCUCAUGGUCUGAGAGUCUUUAGGUGCCUUUGGCAAACUCAGAGCGGGCUGUCAUGUGCCUAUUAACGCCCAUGAUUUUGGAAUGAUACUUUUGGUGUGUAUACUGUAUAGAGUAGUGUAUACUGUACUGAGGAGUGGCUGCCUCCAUUUUUAAGAAUGAUAGAGGCCACUGUAUUCUUGGACCUUCAAUGAUGCAGAAAUGUUUUGGUACCCUUCCCAAAAUCUGUUCCCCGUCACAAUCCUGUAUCCUUCGACCUCAUGGCUUGGUUUUUGCUCUGACAUGCACUGUCAACUGUGGGACCUUAUAUAGAGAGGUUUGUGCCUUUCCAAAUCAUGUCCAAUCAAUUGAAUUUACCGAAGGUGGACUCCAAUCAAGUUGUAGAAACAUCUCAAGGAUGAUCAACGGAAACAGGAUGCACCUGAGCUCAAUUUCGAGUCUCACAGCAAAGGGUCUGAAUCCUUAUGUAAAUAAGGUAUUUUAGUUUUUUAUUUGUAAUACAUUUGCAAAAAUUCGUCAACCUGUUCGCUUUGUCAUUCUGGGGUAUUGUGUGUAGAUUGCUGAGGAUUAUUUUUUUGUUUAAUCCAUUUUAGAAUAAGGCUGUAAUGUAACAGAAUGUGGAAAAGGUCAAAUGGUCUUAAUACUUUCCGAAGGCACUGCGGGGAGGAGCAACCAAAUUUAAUUUUUGGUGAUUUUGGACAUUUACAAGCAAAUGUGAAUGAGCGACAUUGUGGAAAUGUACAGUGUUUUGACGCAUGCUUGUCUGAAGGAAGAAAAGUACUGGCUCUGGAGCUGCAUGUGUAGGCCUGCAUGCUGUUUCUGUGUGGAGUCUGGAGUCGCUAAGGCAAUGGGCCUGCUCGGUUAGUGCUAUCGGGAAUCCUUGGGAUGUCCCUACCCUAAACCAUAACCAUAAUCCUUCCCUAACUUUAACCCUUACCUAACCCUAAACUUUUUAAAUGUCAACGUCAAUGGGGUAGGGACGCCCCCAGGAUCCCGGAUAGCAUGGACCCUGCCUGCUCUAAUCUGAGAAGGGGGAGGAGCAGACGGGCAGAGAAUGGAGAGGAGAACAAACGCAAGAAAAUUGAGAGCCAGUACUGUUAAAAUAACUAAUCCAAAGGGCUUUGACUUCUCAAACACGGCAGAAAGCUAACGCAGUGAUGCCCCGUCACCUUAGUAAUUCAGCCACUUGUCAUCUGAUGAAAAUAAAGCUAUUUUCUACCAAAUGUGUUGCACUAACGUAUUUUAUGUGAAGGAAAACUAUAGUUGCACGCCCCUGAUCACUCUAUUGAAGCAAUAUAAAACGCGAGCCCUGUCAAUAGGCUACACAGCUGGACUCACCUGCUCCCACUUUCUCCCGUUGUGCUAUUUACAAACAAACACGUGACUGGCUCAACUGUCGUGGGCAACCACGGUAAGCUUCAUUAUGGAAAAUAAUGUGGUGGGUGAAAUGAAGAACGCAUUCUGCUUUAUCUCCUAAUGUAUUGCAUAAGUUGAAUGCAGGUAUUUACUUAAAGUAGCUACAAAUAUUAAAAUGCAUUGAAAAACUUAAAAUAAAUAGUUUCAACGGUAUUGACGAUAUUGAAAAACCAUCUGGUGGCUAUUUCCAAGUACCCCGGUAUACGGUAAUAUACAGUAUACCGCCCAAGCCUAUUUCACAGACAUUGUCAUAAGAGGCCAACAAUAAGUAGCCUACUCUUUGGAGGGAACUGGGAUGAUGAUGACAUCACCCUGUGAUCCUGCUUAAUCUUAUUCUAGCACACACAGCAAUGAAGCUCAAGGUGUUUGAGUGAUAUUUAGUAAUUAAUGACGUCUGAACGUCCACUGGAAUCUGAUGAUGCCCAAUCCCAAAUCAAACUUUUUGCCCUGACCUAUCCAAUCCACAGGGUUGGGGUUGAACUGGAAUAACCCUCAUAUCUCCCUGUGUGACCUCUCACCUCUAACCACUGUCUAUUGACCCUCUGCAGUUGGAGCGUUUCACCAGCAUGAGGAUGAAGAAGGACAAGGAGAAGCCUCAUGCAGCCGGGCAGCGCCACUCCAACGCUGCCCACUACGAGGUUCCUGCCCAGGGGGCUAUGCUGCAUGACCACCCUGACGAAUACGUCCUGGAACUAUUCGAACAGAUGCUGGUGAGAGGAGAGAUUUAAACAGAGAGAAUUAAUGUCUGCUAAGUGUGGACUAUAGGCUAUUUGUGUCUCUUUUGGGGAUGCUGACUUAAAUGUAUUUUUCUCGGUCUCCCCUCCAUCCCUCUCUCUAUCUCCUCCCUCUCUCUCUCCUCCCCCUCUCUCUCUCCUCCCUCUCUCGCUCUCCCCUCCCUUUCUCGCUCUCCCCUCCCUUUCUCGCUCUCCUCUCCCUUUCUCGCUUGUUCUCCUUUCUCUCUCUCUCUCUCUCUCUCUCUCCCUCCCUCUCUUUCUCCCUCCUCUCUCUCUCUCUCCAGGUGGAUAUGAACUUGAAUGAGGAGAAGCAGCAGCCUCUGCGGGCGAAAGACAUCGUCAUCAAACGAGAGAUGGUGUCUCAGUACCUCCACACGUCCAAAGCCGUGAGUAACAAAGGUUGAGGUACUGGGAUAACAAUCAGUCCCACCUGUAUAACAUCCACAGUAGACUUAGAGCAGCGGUAACUAGUCCUCCUUAUGUGCCCAAUAUACUAAUACCAUUUGUGUGUGUGGGAUAGGGUCAGAACCAGAAGGAGAGCUCCAAGUCAGCCAUGAUGUACAUCCAGGAGCUGAGGACGGAGCCCAGAGACGCACAGCUCCUGGGCUGUCUGGAGUCACUCCGGGUCUCCCUCAACAACAACCCUGUCAGCUGGGUGCAGAACUUUGGAGACGAGGGCCUGGUUCUGCUGCUCAACAUCAUGAGGAAAAUCCAGGAGGAGAAGGACGAGUACCCGUAAGCCCUUUUACCUCCCUCUUAACCUUCUCAACCCUUUUACCCUAACCCCAACUCCAGGAGGAAAGAGACGAGGACCUGUAAGUAGGGCCCUAUAAAAUCAGUUAAGUUUAGUCUGAUUAAGUUUUUUCCCCAAAAUUCCUUUUCUCAGUUUAGUUUUUCCAGGUUUGCGUUUUCACUCUAGAAAAACAACUAAAUUGUACGUUCUAAGUCCACAACAAUGUUUAAACCACAUUAGAAGACUUCUUUUGAGGUCUGGGAAAAUUUAUGAGAAAUUUAGAUUUUUGGGUGUAGUUACCCUUUAAUUACAGUGCACACCUAGCAAGAGACUGUUGUUUAGCGUUUUUGUAGCGCACAUAUGAUUGUAGAGUUUGCACAACAAAUACCCACUGGAUUGAUGCAAAUAAUCAUGAUAUCAUUCUGUCAGGUAAGCAUAGGCUACUUUGUAGUUAACAUUUAAUUGAGAAGCUUUUUGGGAAAGCCUUUCCAUCUACCAGACGUUUUUUCAUUAGCAUCAUCGCUAACGGCUACACAAAGUGGUAGACCCGCGCACUGCACACACACACGGGGGCAUUCUCGUUGCCUCUUCAGAACGUUGCAGGAAAUACAAAUCACUGGUGCAUUCUGUUCAUGUCGUAUGAUAAACUUGGGCAAAUACAUUUAUUUUCAAUAAAUAUAGUUGAUUCUCUAUGAAGUUCAAUGCAUUUUUGAAUAUUGUUGAAUUCCGGUUUAAUGUUUGGAUUCCGUGAUUCCGUCCGCGUUCUCCAGAUGGCGGAUUUUAUAGGGCCCUACGUAAGACAUCAACACCCUCUUACACCAUUUUACCCCCCUCAGCCCUCUUAUUCCUAUAACCCAUUACCCGCUGCAGUAGAUUUGCUACUCACUUGUUUUGUUUGUAAACCCCUUAUGUACAGUAGCACACCUUUUCUCUCUCUUUCCUCCGGUUAGAAACAUGGGCAUGAAGUGUCAACACGAGAUUGUGCGCUGUCUCAAAGCCUUCAUGAACAACAAGUACGGUCUGAAGGCCAUGUUGACGUCUGCCGUGGGCAUCCCUCUGCUGGUCCGAGCCAUCAACCCCCGGGUCCCUCACAUGAUGGUGGAUGUGGUCAAACUGCUCUCGGCCAUCUGCAUCCUGGAACACCCUGACAACCUGUAAGUGUCCGUUUAGGUGUGUGAGUGAGGAAGUGUGUCUGUGAGCGGGAGAAUGUGUCUGAGAGCGAGCGAGAGUGUGUUUGUGUGUGUACGUUUCUGUGUAUUAAUAUGGAACGCUCUCUGCAGUCAUGAGCGUGUUCUGGAGGCCAUCACUGAGGAGGCGGAAAAGCUGGACAUUGAGAGGUUUCAGCCACUCCUCUCAGGUAUGAAUAAGCCCAACAUCGCCCUGAAGAAUGGCUGUAUGCAGCUCAUCAAUGCUCUCAUCAGUCGAGGAGAAGAGCUGGACUACAGGAUCCACAUCCGCUCAGAACUACUGAGACUGGGCCUACGGGACCUGCUGACGGUGAGUCACACAGACACACACACAGAUUCCAAACACUCAUGUUUACCUGUAGGUUCAGGGAAGUUCAGAUUUUUAUUGAACCUUUCUCUCUUCCCCUUCCUCUCCUAUCUCCCCCCCCUUGCUCUCCCUCCCUCCCCCUGUCUCCCUCCUCCCUGGGUCCUGUAGGAGAUUCGGACCAUUGAGAAUGAGGAGCUGAGGGUGCAGCUCAGUGUUUUUGACGAGCAGGCCGAGGAUGACUCUGAUGAACUCCAGGCCCGCCUCAACGACGUGCGCAUCGAGAUGGAAUAUCCUUCCACCUCAGAGAGGCUCAAAAAGUCCCUCUAUGAAGGGCAAGUUACUUUGGUUCAGAUGUUAAAGUGAUACGAGUUUAUAGUUGGCUGUGUCUCAAAUUGUACUCUAUUCCCUAUAUAGUGCGCUACUGUUGAUCAUGGUCUAUAGGGUAGUACACUAUAUAGGGAAUAGGGUGCAACCUACCAGUCCAAGGUCACUGUUGUCUUCUAACGUGCAUUCCUAUAUUUCACCACCAGGUGGCUCCAAGGUGCCAUAAUAGUUUCUCACACAAAAGCACAAGGAUUUCUACAGUGCUUUUAUUUUACCGUGUUGAUUGCUUUGGCUCUGAUCAUCAUGACUGAGAUACAUUUGAUCACAGUAAUAAACUGAUCAGGAAGCUAUUUAGCAUUUGAUCAGAUACUGACACCAAUCAUUAACAGAGUUGUAUAUAUUUGCUGCAUAUCCAUCACAAUAUAACACAAUGACUACUGCAUAUACAGUGGUAGUAAACUAUAUUGGAUCUAUGUUACUGUAGAUUGGGUUGCCUCUAAACAAAAUAGUAUAUCUUAGUAGUAGGAGCAGAAUGAUUCAGUGCGUUGAUGAUGCUGUGGAUUUACAAGUGUUCCUAUUUGACCGCUCUCACAACUUGAGGUUGUGGUCCUUAACCGUGCGGUCGUACUGACGUGAUGGAGGUGUUCCAGAUCCUGAUGAACACGGUCAAAGACUCCAAGGCUGAAACACACUUCCUAUCUCUGAUGCAGCACCUGCUGCUGGUUCGCAAUGACUACAUGGUCAGGUAAGGGACAUAAUAUCACACGCACCUGCAUUACAAUCACGGUUAGGUUAAAACCACAACGGUCACUUCAGCAUUGACUGUAAAUGCCUAGAAACAGUGAAAGAAGUUUAGACCUCUUCCACUCCCCAUGAUCUCACAACCUUUACCCUUUGACCCUGACCCUUGCCUUUUGUUCUCCGCUCUACUACCAUGUGACUCAGAAUAUAUAUUGUUGUUGUGAUGACCUGGAGGCCACCUAUUGCAGCUCUCUCGCCUCUUUCUCUGCUACUGUUUCUGGAUUUCUCUCUCUCUUACUCACUCACUCACUCACUUCCUUUCCGCUCUAUCUCUCUCCUUUUUCUACAACUUUUUCUGGAUCUCUCUGGACCUCUUCUCUUUCCCCCUUUCCGCUCUAUCUCUCUCUGCUUUUUCUACAACUGUUUCUGGAUCUCUCUGGACCUCUUCUCUUUCCCCCUUUCCGCUCUAUCUCUCUCUGCUUUUUCUCUCCAUUCCCUCUGUUUGUUUUCUCAGUGCGUCAUUUCAAAGCUGUGAAAUUAAUACAUGCAAAAGAGAUUUUAAUAGAAAUGAGCAGAGUCUCCUCCUAUCUCCAUAAAUAUGCUAAUGCAUCCAAAGCCAGUGAGCUUUCACUGUGGAGAGAGGGGUAGGGCGAGGGAAAGAGAGAACAUCGAGGGUGGAAUGAAAGAGGAAAAGAGAGGAGAGAAUACGCUAUAGGGGUAUGCGACAAACACACACAGUUAUUUCCUUAUUUUCAGGGUACAUUUCUAGGAACAGUACAUUUUACAGCUGCAAUUUCCUAGAAUCACUCAGUUACACACAGAUCUGAGUUGAGAUUUCAGUAUUGUUGCCGGUCCAGUGUUCCUAGAAUGGAUUCUGACAGGCAGGAAAUUGUAGUGGCGCUGGGAGGAGGGAGGGGAGAGCGAGAGGUAAUAAUCGUAUGAGUCAUGGAGGGUUUACAAUGCAAUGACAGCCCCCUCCAGCCUCCACCCUCACCCCUGGAUGUGGACCUGACCUCCCCAUGUAGCAGUGUCUGACCCCCCUCCCCCCCCCCCCUCCCGCUAAUCCCUCUCUCUUUCCCCUGUCUUUUUCUCUCUCUGUCUCUCUCUCUCCCUGCCUUACUGUAAUGGCCUUGGCUGAAUAGAGUGGUUCUCCUCCCUCUCUCCCCCAUUUCCCCUCCAGGUCAUACGCCAUCACACAAUGGAGCUGGACCAUAAUGGAGUCCUGAGAGACGGAGGGAGGGAGGGAGGAAAGAGAGGGAGGGAGAAAUUGGAAAUUAUAGAGCAAGAGACAUGGUGGGGGAGAGAGCGAGGGAGAAAGAGAUGCUAGCAUGGAAAUUAGAGGGAGAGAAAGAGAGCGAGAGGGGUUGGCUAUAGAGGAAUGAUGUUAGGCUGGGAACAAAACACUCGGUUUCACUCUCCACUACAUGGUUCAAUCUAUCCUUGAGUUACACACUGUCUGAACAGGGAAAGGAAUGAUGAGAAUGGCCAACAGUGAAGGACUAUGACACACAGGCAGAGGGAAGGACAUCUCACAUGAGACAGCUGGCAAGAUAUCGAUACCUUUAUUGACCAAUCACAAGUCAAUAAACCUAAGUUUGCUUAAGUAUAGGAUGCGCUUUCAUGACAACAGCACUAAUUACAAGGUUAUCAGGGAUUUUAGGAAUAUAUUUUUCCUAGUUUGUUUUUAGAAACAGACACUAGAUGUCUCUCUCGCUCCACCAAUUUAAAUCUGAGUUUGUAAAAAAGAAAUGGUGAAAUGGAGGAGAGAGAGAAAAGGUAGGGGGUAGAGUGCUAGAGUUGGGGAAUAAAUAAAGUAUUGAGUUUUUGACUGGAGCAUCACAUUGGGUCACAAAAUCAGACACCUCCAAAAUUGAGUGUCUGUGUGAAACCAACGACAUCAGACAAGGAGUGUGGAGCAGAACACACACUGACACACACACACACACACUGACACACACACACUGACACACUCCUACACCUUGAUAUAAAGAAAAGGCGCCACUCCUAUUUUCACAGCUUCAUAUGGACACCUGCGCUCCCAUUCACUCAGGCACACACUUGAAUGCAUGUAUGCACACACUGGCCCAGACAUUGUCCCACGCGUUUUUGAUCUGUAUAUACCCACACAUUCUCUUUCUCGGUCUCUCUCCGUCUCUUUGUUUCUCUUCCUAUUCCAUCCAUCUCCCAGAUUUACGUUCAAUUGAAUUUCACACUCUUUUUCUUGCUCUCAAAUUUCACUGUCUUCCACACACACACACACACACACACACACACACACACACACACACACACGGCCACAAUUACAUUGAUUCUCUCGCUCUGUCUUCCAGGCCCCAGUACUACAAGCUGAUAGAUGAAUGUAUAGCUCAGAUCGUGUUGCACAGGAACGGAGCCGACCCAGACUUCAAGUGCCGCAAUCUCAGCCUGGAUGUUGAGGGGUUAAUUGGUAAGAGACACACACUCCAUAGAGUGCCUUGCACACAUCCACGCACACACACGGAACGCUGUUCUACAGCUACCACAAGGGGGAACCAGAGAGGGAAUGUGUACAUUUUCCGGAGGUGGGGUCGUAUUAUUUCAGGUGAUUGUAACCAUGGUGUAGUCUUACGACUUGGUGCAUAGAGAACAUGGAACUAGACAAGGGGAACAGGUGUGAUUGUUGAGUUCCUCUAUUGUUCAGUCACCUGAUCAGACCAAAGGAACUUGCUGUCUCAGCUCACAGCUCCAGUCUACAAUCUCUCUCUCUCUCUCUCUCUCUCUCUCUCUCUCUCUGCAGGAGGCUCUAAUUGCACUGCUUCUAAAUGCGUACCCACAUGCUGGCCUCCUUUAAGGUUGCUGUUAUUAUCGGUGGAAAGCAGCCCAUUGCUGCCUUGCAUGCAUUAUUUCGUGUUUUUCUUUGAACUCUGGAAAUUGUGCACACAGGUUUUUUCUAUUAGAGGCUUGUCCCAUUUAGCCCGGAUCUGACGACGGAGUGGACUCAUAACACACUCUUCCAACAGUCUCCCUCACAUACAACACAACUUCUCCCUCUCCUCGCUAGUGUUUUCUCUCUUCUCUCCCAUCCACUAUUUUCUAUUCAUCAUUCUUUCUCUUUUUUCUCACCGUUCUCUCCUUGUCUUUUCUUUACCUGUUUGGAUUUUUCUCCAUUUCUCAACUUUUUCUUUCUCUACUGCUGUUUCUGGAUUAGUCUCGCUCUCGCUCCAUUUUAUCUCUCUCUUCCUGUUUUCUCUCUUUCUAUUUCUCUCUCUCUCUUUCUCUGAGAGCUGUGCCUUGUUGGUCGCGCUCUCUCGGCCAAUCCCCAUGUAGCCUUCCCUUCGACACCAAGCAUACGUUUCUGCACAUGCUCAGCCUACCCCCGGGACCCCUUACCACCUGUAGACUCCAGUCCCACCAACAACCCCCUCCUAUUGGCCAAAUAGACAUUCCUUGACUCCACCCCCUGCUUAUUGAGCCACCCUGAUAGGUCAGUCAGAGGUUCCGUCUAGGGCUGUGACGGUCAUAGAAAUCUGGAUGACGGUUAUUGGUCUUUUAUUUCUUUUUUACGCACAUGCAUUUGCUGCUGCUGGAAGGGGGUUGUUGCCUAGGCAACUAUAGACUCCUUUGCUACAAUUACUUGCUUGUUUCAGCAAGGAUAAACAAAGUUUCAUCACGUUGUAAAGAGUCCAUGUAACUACGGAAACGGACUCAACCGCACAAAUGCCCUGCUGUCCUGUCUUCAGUCAGCAGUUUGUUUUUCUAAAUGCUCAUGACUGUUAUUCAUCCAUAAACGUUGGUUACAAAAUUAUACGGUAAUUAUGCCAUCCCUAUUUCCUUCGUCACCUGGAGGCGGUUUCUCAGUUCUGUUUUUUAUUUUAGACAGGGUUGAAAAUGAAAAACCGAAGGAAAAAAGGGAAUGAAAAUGGAAAGAAAUGAGAAGAUGAGUGUUUCCCCUUUGUAGCCUGGCAGACCUGUGUGGGUGGGUGGGUGUCUGUGGGUGUCUCUGUGUGGGUGUGUGGCUGCGACUGUUGUGUGUGUGUGUAGACGGGUAGCGUCAGCUCCCCACAGAUAGGAUCAGACUACAUAAUGAGAUGCCUGGGCAAUCGACUCUCAGAUCGACACUUUGAGGAGUGUGAUAAGGAAAGGCAGACUGAUGGAUACGCAGGCAGAGUGAAGGGCGCCGUAUGUGUGUGAGAACGAGCGCCAGACUGAAGGGCACAAUGCCUCAACUCUGAGACGUGAUCAGGUCUGUUUGGAACGCACUCGCACUCUCAUCCCUCUCUCUGUCUCCCCACAGACAAUAUGGUGGACAAGACCAAGGUGCAGACCAGUGAGGCCAAGGCCAUAGAGCUGGAGAAAAAGGUGAAAUACACACACACACACACACACACACACACAGAGGAUUGUAAUGAGAUUCUCUCCGUGCUCAUCUCUCCCUGACACAUAACUACCAGUCUAAAUAAGAAAGAGGAGAAUGAAUACACGCAUGCCUGACCGCUUCCUGAUGGAGAACACACGCACACACACACACACAAUGAGGGGGUAAGUGCUGUGAUUGCGGAGGUUUCUACCCUGGUGCCCCCCCCCCCCCCCCCCCCCCCCCAAUAUUUUUUUUUAAAACUAAACUAUCCCCAUCACACACGCAUGCACGUACACAUGCUGGCAUUCUGUCCCAUUAAAUGCAAACCCACAUAAUCAUACCCAUUCCAUGCUAAUAUGGACUACCACACUCAGUGUCUGCCACUGACCAAACACACGUUGGUUGAUAGGGUAGUUGCUGGCAGGAUUAGGGAUGAGACUGUCAGUAAGAUGAGGAAAACUAGUGUCUGCAAGUUAAACCAAACCAGCUGUGUGUGUGAACGUAUGUUUGAGAAUUUAAGAACGUGUGUUUGUGUUCUUUUCAAAUCAAGUUUUAUUUGUCACAUGCGCUGAAUACAACAGUGAAAUGCUUACUUACAAGCCCUUAACCAACAAUGCAGUUUUAAGAAAGAAUACAAAAAAAUAAAUCACACAAAAAUACGAAAUAAAAGUAACAAAUAAUUCAGUGGACACUAAGCUGUGUGUUUUAACCCUGUAAACUCAUGUUGCUCAAUAACUGGACAUUGAGCUAUGUGCAUUUAACAAGCCUUUAUACACAUUUUGUUGCCUGACUCUUAACUAUCUUUCCUGUAGCUGGAUGCAGAGCUGACGGCGCGCCAUGAGCUGCAGGUAGAGCUGAAGAAGAUGGAGGGAGACUAUGAACACAGAGUCCAGGAGCUGGCUGCUGAGAAGGAGACUCUGGGCUCUGAGAAACAGGAGAGAGAGAGCGAGAACCAGACCUUACUGGGACAGAUCAACACGUUGAAAGAGCAGGUACACACUCACUCAGAAAACCAGAGCUCAAACUUACAUUACUCUAGCAAUAAGAGCACAAUAGAACACUCUAAACUCCCCUUGACCAAUAUGAACAGAGGAGAAAGUCAUGAGCGCUUCAACGGCAAGUAGCUCAAAAAAAGUGUUAGACUCAACUGACACAAAGAGAGAUGGGAGGGAGAGGAGGAGGAGGAUGAAAGGAGGGAGGAAGAGAGCGAGGGAAGAGAAGUGUCCACCAGCUGGACCCUGCCUCAUAGUGACACACAGAGCAUGUACCGAACAGCUCAUCUGACACAUACAACCCACUCCAGUCCACACACACCAAUCUGCACACAUCUCUGUGUGUGUGUGUACGUGCAUGUGUGUUUGUCCUCUUAAGUGUGUGUCUGAUGGAGCCACACAGACCUGGACAGGUCCCUUCCCCAACAGGCUGAGGCCAGCAGAAUCAUCUCAUGGUCUCUCACACACGUCCAACUGUUUGUCCCCACAUCAACACACAUAUCAAAGACCCUCUCAUCAACAGAUCAUUGACUCCCCCCUCCAUUUAUAGGUUGCCGCUGAUGCUACACAGAAGUUAACACACUUGAAUAGUGCAUUGAGAAAUGUUGAAACGGUUCAUUACUGUUCGCAAAACAAUGUCCAUACAGGCUAGAACAUUUUUACAAUGCAAGACGAUACCGGUAGCUUCCACCUUUAAUUGCAGGCUAACUUUCCUUGCUAGAUUACAGCUGAAGCAACAUCAGUUCACUACCCUAGUACUUUGUGAUAAUAUGCAAACCAUAACGCAACAUAUGGCCUCCCGAGUGGUGCAGUGGUCUAAGGCACUGCAUCGCAGUGCUAGCUGUGCCACUAGAGACCCUGGUUCGAAUCCAGGCUCUGUCGUAGCCGGCCGCGACCGGGAGACCCAUGGGGCGGUACACAAUUGGCCCAGCGUCGUCCAGGGUAGGGGAGGGAAUGGCCGGCAGGGAUGUAGCUCAGUUGGUAGAGCAUGGCGUUUGCAACGCCAGGGUUGUGGGUUCGAUUCCCGGGGGGGGGCAGUAUGAAAAAUAUAAAUAAAAUAAUGUAUGCACUCACUAACUGUAAGUCGCUCUGGAUAAGAGCGUCUGCUAAAUGACUAAAAUGUACAAAUAUGCUGAUUUCAAAGUUGAUUGUCACAAAAAUAUUUAUCAAUUAUCUUCGUCUCCCUCGCCCUCCCGUCUGGUUUCCAGUAGAUUCCAUAGCCACAAAGUCAGAUUCCACAGCCAUGUUCUGGCUCACAAAUGUAAUUACUUUCUUAAAGAGACAGUGCAUACUUUUAUAAAAAGAGAUUGCUUCUUCUAUGCAAAUGUUGUUGAUAUAUUCUCCUAGCAGUUGCCAAUACAAUAAGUCUUAAAUGAAAGGGAUUGUUUGUCAUCUGGAGACCCAUGAAAUUAUCUAAAACAAGCUCAAUAACUCAAUGCAUGCACACACUCCUAUUGAAUAAUAUGCAUUCACCUGUAUUGUGAAUAGACCUAGGCUACAUCUUGAUUUACCCAGUUUGUCAAUAGAAAUUUACCUUUUCAAAUGAAUUAUUUAUAUUUUUGUUUUGUAGUUAGAUUGGUAAAAAUAAAGUCAAAUAGAUUUUAUGAUUUGUAUAAUUGAUUCAUUAUACAUGGCUGUCUCAAAAAAUGCCCAACCAUUGAACAGAGCAGUAGCUGAGUUUAUCUGUCUGAAUAAAGUGCCAUUCUGUGACUUUGGCUGGUGUCGUUUUGGUAUUGAGUAUCGCGAUGGUAUCGAGUAUCGUGAUACUAAACCUGGUAUCGGUAUCAAAGUAAAAAUUCUGGUAUCUUGACAACACUAUUCACAUGUAGAGAUCUCUCACUCUCCCCCCGUAUGAGGCUGUGCCCACCCCUUCAUGUGACUGAAUGCUCAUAAGGACAGCCAGAGUUUAGUGAGGAGCAAUUCUCUGUCCCUCAGUCACAAGAACAUGUUGGCAGACACACACUCAAGCGCACGUACACACAUACACACACACACACACACACACACACACACACACACACACACACACACACACACACACACACACACACACACACACACUCAUUAGAAAGACAGAAAAUGAUGUCUUCUCUCAUGGUUUAGUAGUAUAGUACUUUCGUACAGUAAAGUAAAUCUCUUCUAACUAAUAUAUUUUUCUCUUCCUCUAUCCAUCCUCUGUCUCUCCAUCCCCCUUUCCCUCUCCAGAUAGAGAAGCUCAGUAAGGAUCUGGAGGAGGCCAAGACCAGAGUUGUCACGGUCCAUGUCCCAGUUGGCCCUGCUCCACCCACUGCCCCCCCUCUCCCAGGCACACCUUCCCUCCCAGGGCAAGCUAACAUGCCCCCUCCUCCUCCUCCCCUACCCGGCCAAGCACUCCUCCCUUCCCCCCCUCAAGCACCUCCUCUACCGGGCAUGCCCGGCCCCCCUCCACCACCACCCCUACCAGGGAUGUGCGGUCCCCCACCACCCCCACCUCUCCCUGGGAUGCCCGGGCCCCCUCCACCACCACCCCUACCAGGGAUGUGCGGUCCCCCACCACCCCCACCUCUCCCUGGGAUGCCCGGUAUGCCACCUCCCCCUCCUCCCCUCCCUGGUGGUCCUGGUAUGCCCCCUCCACCCCCUCCUGCACCUGGCAUGGGCAUGCCCCCUCCGCCUCCUGGUAUGGGGGGCUGGGGAGCCCCUGUGCCACCCCCUCUGCCCUUCGGCCUGGCGCCCAAGAAGGAGUACAAGCCUGAGGUGCAGCUGAAGAGAGCCAACUGGAGCAAGGUGAGGAUGGGAGCGUGACGGUGUGAGCGAGAAAAUGAAUGUGUGUUUGUGAGUCAGGUUUCUUUUUCAUGAGAGCAUGAGCCUUUAUUAGUGUGCCCAAUCAUAGGAGUCAAUAGAACAACAACAACAACUUAGUUCUUGUCAGUGUGUGUGAGUGAAUACUAAGACUGUGACCAUAUGUGACUGUGAGUGUGUAUGACUACAUGCGUGUAUGUGAUUGUGUCUCUGUUCCAUGUUGUCGUCCUCCUUCUCAUCUGCGAUGGUUAAAACAUCAAAACGGCCCUCUGUCUCUCUUUAGCCUAAAGCUACUGUUUAAUGGCUUCAGCUGAGUUCAUCAGCGUUUAGUCUCUCUCUCCCCCCCCUCUGUUCUCUCUGUUCGUUCGACGGGGUUGGUGAGAGGCCUUUGACGAGGAUGUCACAGAAAUUGCUUUUUAAUAAGGCUGCUUCUUUUAACUGCGCUGGUGAAAGAUAAUUAAAUUGCUGCUAGAAAGGACAGCAUUCUUUUGUAAUUUAAAUUACUAUUUUUUUUUUUUCCUCCUCGGCCCUUCAGCCCCUGUAUCACAUUCCCCCUCCCUCACCCCCACACCCCCUCCCAGAGGCAUCUUUCGUAAUGAAAGGCUCAUAUCUGUGAAGUUACUACCUCUCCUCUGAUCCUCCCUCUCUUUCCUCUCUCUCUCUCACUUCCCCGUUCUCUCUCUUCUUUGCUCUGCUCCUUGAUGAGAGAACCAAAGGGGGAGAGAGAUGGAAAAAAGGCACUUAAUUGUGAGGCGGUGGUGUUGAUGGUUGAAAGAGAGAAAGUGAGCGCUGUAGCGAUGGAGGAAAAAAGAGAGGGAGAGAGGAGGAUAAAGGGAAUGGAUUCCUUUCUCUCCCUCUCUGUUUCUCUCUCUCUUUCUCUCUCUCUCUCUCUCUGUGUGACACGGCUAGUUGUGUGAAGCAAAUGCCUUUUGUGUGGAGGAGAAUGAGGAUCAGGGAAAAUGACUACUUCUGUCCUCCUUCCUCUCCUCCUCUUUGUGUCUCUCUCCAACACCUCCUUUAGCACCCCGGCUCUCUUGUUCUCUUUUUCUCUUUCUUGCUUUCUUUCUCUGUCCAUCUCUCGCUUGAUUGCUGUAUAGAUGGAUGAAUAAUUUUUUGCAAAAUUGGAUGAAAGGAUUCAGAAGGCAUUUAUCUUUCUCACUACCCCCCUCUUUCUUUCUCUCUCCCUCCCUGUUAUACAGAUUGGAUAUGAGGAUCUGUCUGAGUGCAGUUUCUGGACAAAGGCCAAAGAGGAUCGCUAUGAGAACAACGAGCUCUUUGCCAAACUCACCCUGGCCUUCUCCUCCCAGACCAAGAGUGAGUGUCAGCCCAUGCACGUGUCUGUGUGUGCACGUGUGUACCAUUGCUCGUGUGUCCGUGCCUGUCGGCAGUGCGCUUGUGUCUCUAAAGUUGGCUUACUGAUGAGGAUUGUCUUCUUUUUUUUUCACCUCCUCACCCCUCUCACUCCCCCCCCCACCCCCCCCCAACCCCACCCCACCCGCUUUCCAUGUCCAUUCCAUCCAUCCAACAGCCUCCAAAGGUAAGAACACAUACAUUAUGUUGCGUGCAAGGACUGUUGUGUGUGUGUGUGCGUUCCAAAGAGCUCUACUGCUGCUUGUGAGUGUGUAUGAGUGAGCUUGUCCGUUCUGGCUGUGAGUUGUCUCAUUCUCCAAGAGACAGUGUGCUCCCUAGGUGAGAUGGAUUGGGUUUUGGGGAUGAGAGAAGAAAGGAGGGAGGGAGAAGAGGAGGAAGAGAUGGACAGAGGGAAGAGAGGAGGAAGAGAUGGACAGAGGGAAGAGAGAGAUGGACCGAGGGAAAGAGGCAAGUAGAGGGAGAAGAGAUGGCAGAAGAGGGAAGAGAUGGGGAAGAGGCUCGGAAGAAGAUGGACAGAGGGAAGAGAAGUAG